GUGUUGUCGUCCAGAACUGAGCAGCAGCAGCUGCAGAGCCACCGCUUCGUUUGUCUCCAUUAGCAGCAUUUCUUGUGUCCCGUGUCCCUGGAACUUAACGCUCAUUCCGACCGUGAAGCUUAGCAGUAUUAUGCGAGCGCCGUCAGGAGUGUGGGAGCACCGUGCGAAGUGAGUUUCCGUGAAUCAUCUAUAUGGGCCAUCUUCUCUCGAAAAAUGGUUACCGCCUGAAGAAAAGGACACACAAGUUGCAUCACAGAAAGAAGAAGAAGAGGAACUGCUUUCUGCAGGGCCCUUGUAUGCUGUGCUUUAUCGUUCACAGCAACAGCAGCAGUCUCGACGACGACAACCAUUUAGAGGUCGGUGUCAACGGCAGUGGGUGCUGUCACAACAGCAUCACCGGAAUCAGUGUUCCAGGUGUGGGUGGAGUUGGCAUUGGAGCAGUAGCUGCCUCGAAGCUUGCCGAGCGAUACGCAACACUCACAUCUCCUGAGGACUGCUCCAAGUUUCUGUUGUCACCAAGUGAACUCUCUAUCUGGGAGGGCCAAGGGAGGAACUUGCUAUCAGCUGUUCCUGCCAAACUGAUCCCACCACCAGCACUGUUUCGAACAGCCGGGGUGUCAGUGACCAUACCUAUACCUGUGCCUGUGCCUGGCUGCACCAGUGACUACAGUGAGAUGGUGUGUAAGAGGAAGUGCUCUGAGGUGCAGAGGUGCACCCCCUGUAAGCAGCCGCGCUGUGCCUUCACUGCCCCUGACGGAGGGCUGGAGAAUGGAGGAGUGGGAGGAGGCGGAGGAGAGACCUCCUCUAAUCCUGAAACUGGCCACUGCCAUCUCCCCAUCUGUCCGCUUCCCUCCUCUUCCUCUGCCUCCUCUUCCUCUGCCUCCUCCUCAUCCUCUUCACCUGCUGAUGGCUGCUGUGGGUUAGGUGCAGAUUUACUCCACAGUUCAGAUUCGUCACCCUGCUGCCUGCAUCAUUACGAAGACUGCCAGACGAGAAGUUCUGACGCUGCUGAUCACUUAAGUAUCAACCACCUGCCUUCAUCCAUCCUUCUAAAGGUGCUCUCCCACUUGACAGUUAAGGAGCGUUGUUUGUGUGCCUCACUGGUUUGUAAGUACUGGAGGGACCUCUGCUUGGAUUUCCAGUUCUGGAAGCAGAUUGACCUCAGUGGCCUCCAGCAAGUGAAUGAUGAUUUGCUGGUGAAAAUAGCUUCUCGGAGGCAGAAUGUGACAGAGAUUAACAUUUCAGACUGCAGAGGGGUCCAUGACCACGGUGUGUCGUCCCUGGCGUCUCACUGUCCAGGCCUGCAGAAGUACACAGCAUACCGCUGCAAACAGCUGGGUGACAUGUCCCUGUCAGCUUUGGCCACACACUGCCCUCUGCUGGUGAAGGUGCAUGUGGGCAACCAGGACAAACUAACAGAUGAUGCACUGAAAAAGCUGGGAGAGCACUGCAGUGAGCUGAAGGACAUCCAUCUGGGACAGUGCUACAGUAUCACAGAUGAAGGCAUGGUGGCCUUGGCCAGAGGAUGCUCUAAAUUACAGAGACUCUACUUGCAGGAGAACAAACUGGUCACUGAUCGGUCCGUGCAGGCUGUUGCAGAGCACUGUCCUGAGCUGCUGUUUGUUGGCUUCAUGGGAUGUCCUGUCACCUCUCAGGGAGUCAUCCAUCUCACUGCGCUACGGAACCUGAGUGUCCUGGACCUGCGGCACAUCUCGGAGCUCAACAACGAGACGGUGAUGGAGGUGGUGAGGAAAUGUCGCAACCUCAGCUCCCUCAACCUCUGCCUCAACUGGAGCAUCAACGACAGGUGUGUGGAAAUCAUUGCCAAGGAGGGAAGAAGUCUGAAGGAGCUCUAUCUUGUGUCUUGUAAAAUCACAGACCAUGCUCUGAUAGCCAUAGGCCAGUACAGCAGUACCAUCGAGACCGUGGAUGCCGGAUGGUGUAAGGAUAUCACAGACCAGGGAGCCACACAGAUCGCUCAGAGCAGCAAGUCUCUCCGCUACCUGGGCCUCAUGAGAUGUGACAAGGUGAGCGAGGAUACAGUGGAGAGGCUGGUGGUGCAGUACCCCCACAUUGUGUUCAGCACGGUGAUGCAGGACUGCAAGAGGACCCUGGAAAGAGCUUACCAAAUGGGCUGGAGCCCCAACACCUCAAACACUUCGUAGCUACUGCUGGAUCACAGACACACACACGCACACACACACACACACACACACACACACACACGCACACACACACACACACAGCUGCCCUGUUGUGUACAGACACACAAUAGUUGCAGCUCAGUCAUGUUUGCGUCUCAUCAGACAUGCAUGUGAACAUGUUGCUGCCCUCACAGACAGACUUCCUGUCCACCGACUGGUUCAUUUGAAGCAACUCUCCCAUUGUAAAAGUGUGUGUGUGUAUAUACACGCACACGCACACCCACACGCACCAGUCGUGGCUUAUAGUUCUCAUUCCCGUUGGCUAUAAGUCAAGUUACAUCCACCAGUGUAAUGUAGUUUCUCUGAUCAGAGUCUUGAGUGACUCGUCUGUCGGUGCAAAAGCACUGCACAUGUUUCAUUUCUGCUAUAAGUGAGUAUUACUCAGUUGAUAAGAGUAUCGCGUGUCAUAUAUUUUGAGUCCUUCAUGUCACCUUAGAUGAAGAGGAGGUCAGAAUGCAUGAGGUGAGAACGAUUUAAUAAAUAAAUAAAAGGCAUCCAGAAGUGAAAGUGAUGUGUCAUCUUAGAAGGAGCUCAACUGAUGCAUCGAGAUGAUUCAAGAUCACAUCUGAACAUCGGGUCCAGUUCCAUUUUCUCUUCUCCGUUUCCUUGAUUUUCAGUGCAGCGUUAAACCGCUUCCGUGGACUUGCUGACCGGGCUCUUUGUUUGUUUCAAGGAUGAAACUCUUUGCUGUGACUCGAGAUGAACAUUGUAAUAAUAAUGGUACAGAAUAAAGACUUAGGCCAGAAUUGGACAGUUGAUGGCAGUAAUAUGGCAUUGAUUCCAUUCUUGCAUGUUGACAUAGAGAACCUUACCUUGUUUUGUUUUUUCAGCUGGAUCUUGAAACUUUACUAUAGACUGAGUAUCAGCUUGAGUCAGACAGAAUGAAUUAAAUAGAUGUUGCCUUCACCCGAAGAGUCUGGGUCAUAUGAUCAGAACAAUAACCACAACCACCUUGAUGACAGGUAAGAGUAAAUGUUGCCUUAAGUGGUUAGUAAUUACUAAUUAGAACCUGUAAUCAACCCAGAAUUUACCCAACAAAUAUAUUUAUCUGCUCUGAAUUCAUUUGAUUUCCUAAUUCCAUGAUUUGAUCCAAAAUAUACAUAUAUAUUUAUAAAUAUAUAUAUAUAUAUAUAUAUAUAUAUACACACAUACAUAAUAUGAUAAAAUACAGCGUAGGAUUUAGUUGGCCUAGUAUUGUUUUUUGAGCAUUAACAUGUAACAUGUAACAUUAGUUAUGUAGCAUUGCAAGUGAUAGUUUGACCUUUCUUAGUUUCUAAGUGUAGGAUGUAAAGAAACAACUGGCUUGGGUUCAUAUAACCGGAGCAAGUAGACGUCGGUAAGUGCGAGUUGUUCAUCUAUAACACAGAAGCUCUUUAGUGUACAGUCGCAAAUGCAAUUAACCAGGGUAUUUUUCUAUGGCGUGAACCAGAUCUGGGCUCGGCCUCCACACGCAUUGUUACACCAACGUGGACAGUAGUUUAUCAAGGUUAGGCUUUGAAUAGAGCUGUGAACUUCCUACAGCCUAAUAGAGACUUCAGACAUUUUAGAAACAUGUUCCUUUUACCCAUGUCAGAAUUUGAAGACUUUACCUGAUGGAGAGUUUCUCCCUCAACUUGUUUUCUUCUUUUCUUCAGUUCUUUUGUAAUCCCCACAUGCACUUUUUUUUUUCCCUUCUCUACAAGAUGUUGACACUCUUAAAUCCUGAUUUGUUAAGGCAACCAUAAAUGACUUGAUUUACAUAAAGAUAAAUAAAACACUACUACUUCA